AUGGAUCCUCAUGGCUUCUCCAACAAUUGGGGGUAUCCACCACCAUCCGGGUGGUAUUACCCCGCGACUCCCUACAGCAAUCAAGGAGGAGAAGACUAUGGAUUCGGGUUCCAGUACCAACCCCCUUACUACGGAGAACAAUCAGACCCCUGGGCAUAUCAAGAACAACCUCAUUACCAAGAAGACUUUCUCCCACAACCAGAAGGGCCAUCGGAGCUGGAGUUACCCAUGGCGGCCUUCACGGGCCACUCUGCAGAGCCAUGCUACACUUCACUGGAGGAUCCGAACGAACAAUUAAGGCUUCUCGUGGAGCAGUUUGCUCGAGACACUGAGAAAUCAUGCUCCAAGAUGGAUCUUCAAAUCAAAGCCCUUGCCACUUCCGAUCCCUCAUUUCUCCAUGAUAUGGAGGAGACUGUUCAGCGCUCAGCGAAGCAAACAGAGUGGGUGAAGCAAGUUUGCUCACAUCUUUCUCAAGUUCACCUUUCUGCUACCACGCUAGAAGAGGUGGAGGAUGACAAAGGCUAUGGGAGCGUUGAGGAGCAUACAGAAGUUAUCACAGAGAACUCCCAUGAUAACCAUGAUCAGGAAAGUCUUUUGGUUGCAGACCACACCUUUCCUCAUUUAUGCUCUAACAUGCUGGGCCCGUGCGAGGAGAUGCAAGAUGAUCCCAUUGAAGAAAUUGCUUGGCGACUUGCUCUCCAAUCUGUUCUAGAAGAAGAAGAGCGAGCAAGGAUGAGGAAGGAAGUUGUGGAUGAUGAGGAAGAAAGAAAAGAAGAGGUGGUUCUUGAUCUUUUCACAGGGGAGAGACCACAUUUUGAAGAAGGACGGGGGGUUGAGGAAGCAAUUGGUGUCCAGGCUGAGGAUGAAUAUGAGGUGGAAGAGGCAUGCACCGGCCAUGAGUUGCAAGUAAUAUCCCCACCAAACUUUGAGGAACUGCUUGGCAAGGACCCAUUUGCAGUGUCUCUUUGCCAGACCAAGGCCACAUCGACAUCGGUCCCUCUUGGUGGACGCGAUGGUGGUCGGUCGAUGCUGUCAUAUCUGGUUUGGGGCAAUGAGACGAGAGAAGAGAAGACGAGGUCUCGAGGGUGGAGACUUCAUCUGCAUCAAGUACAUGAGCCUUCAUCACCUGCCACACCACAUGCUCGUGACUUGAGAAUCCACCUCAUCGACGAGAACCUCAACUUCAAGGAGGUUCUAGCAUGGAACAAAACUUAG